UUUUCAUUCACCUAGUUGUCAAAAUUGAGUCGUGACUUUCAGAUUAGUUCGCGAAAAAAACGAUGAAAUGAAUCAAAUUAAAAGUAGUAUUCUCCGCUGCAGCAGAGCCUUAUCAGGCAUACUGAAGCAACACCAAAACGUGACUUACAGAAACAUAUCGACAGCGCAUGUGCGACUGGCUGUGCCUUCUCCUGCUGACAUUGCAACUGAAGCAUGCUCAGUACGCACUCACAAAGGCCUGGUAAUAGGCCUAUACAUCAACCCAGAUGACCAUUUGGAUGUAGGCACCUUAACACCCACAGGACAAAGGUACAACAGUUACGUAAACAACAGGAUUAUGGAGCUCCUUCAUUUCUGUGGUCCCCCGCCUAGUAAAGGGGUAGUUCGAAUCUUUUACGACGUAGACAAAGCCUUCGACGCUGUCGCUGUAGUGGGCUUGGGACGCCAGUGUCAGGGAUACGAUGUUUUUGAGCAGAUGGACGAAAACAAGGAAGCCAUAAGGAUUGCUGCAGCUGCAGGAUGCCAGGCGUUGCAAGAACUGCACAUGAGGAAGAUAUGUGUGGACAGUUUUGGGCAUUCGGAGUCUGCCGCUGAAGGAUCUGCCCUAGGUGUCUGGCUCUACCAAGAGAAGAGGAGCAAACGGAAUCAACUCAUCAUCCCACUCCUAGAGCUCCACGACGACUGUGACUGGACCGGUUGGCAGAUAGGCCUUCAGAAGGCUGCAGCCCAAAACCUAGCCAGACAGCUGAUGGACACGCCAGCCAACUUGAUGACUCCAACCUCUUUCGCUCAAAACGCAGUCGAGGUCCUUUGCAAGUCAGGAGUGAACGUCGAGGUCAAAGUCAGAGGCUGGGCUGAAACCAACAACAUGAACGCUUUCCUGGCAGUUUCCUCUGGAUCCUGUGAGCCCCCUAUAUUCCUGGAAAUCAGCUACUACGGCUGCGCAAGAGACGAGAGACCGGUGGUUCUGAUUGGUAAAGGUGUGACCUAUAACAGCGGAGGGUUGUGCUUGAGGAACCUUGCGCAUCAGCAGUUGAUGAGAGGUGAAAUGUCAGGAGCUGCAGUGGUGGUAGCCACUUGCAAGGCUGUUGCAGGGCUGCAGCUGCCGUUAAACGUCAGAGGGUUGAUUCCCCUAUGCGAAAAUAUGCCGGGUUGUGGGGCUGUUAAGCCUGGAGACGUUAUAAAAUGCAGCAAUGGGAAGAGCCUCUUCAUCGAAAGCACCAAAUGCGCUGGUAGGCUAGCUCUUGUGGACACCGCCUUCUACGCUCAAAACUUUUGGCCUAGGUUCAUAAUGAACGUAGGUGCUAUCUCGGCUUGUACCCGGAAAAGUUUUGGACAGGCCUGUACGGUAGCCUGUACCAAUUCAGAGGCUUUGUGGGAGUAUAUGUUCGCAGCCUCCAUGCACACCGGAGAUAGAGUGUGGAGGAUGCCUCUUUGGAAGCAUUUCAAUCGGUUGUUGACGGAAAACCAUGAGUGUGAUGUAAAGGUCAACGGGAGAGCUAGGGCUACUGAUACCCACUACGGGGGGCCUUGUAAAGUCGCUUCUUUCAUUGAUGCUUUCAUGCCGGCUGGUGACUGGAUCAACUUGGAUACCAUGGGGGUUAUGUAUUCUACCGGGUUGGAUUUUGUAUACUUACGGGAAGGGAUGUCUGGUCGGCCUACUAGGACCAUAAUUGAAUUUUUGUCUCAAAUAGUUUGUCAAAACGCUUGUGCAUAAUGCCUAUUGUUAAUGUGGAUAAAUACAACAUUGAAAAUUA